CCGAGACUCCCUUAAGCUAGCAUGAAGUUUCUGAUCCUAGCAUCUUUUGUGGUUGUGGCUACGGCCAAGCCUCAGGGCUACAAUACCGGUGCUCCUUCCCGGCCUUUCAACCCCUCGGCUGGGGUCGCCUCGAGUAACUCGGGACUUGGCACGGGUGGCGGUCUCGGCAUCGGUUUUUCCUCCGGCUUCGACUUGAGGAGCGAAAACCUGCAACAGCCGCAGCAGCAGCAGCUGCCCAAUCUUCAAGACUUGCAGAGGAACGACGACCAGGUCUUAUCUUCAGGAGGUUCUCUGAACGGAGGCUUCCUAUCUAACGGCAACCAAGGGAACCAUCAAGCUCCAGUGGAACUGGGCCAGAGCUGUGGCGAGGAUGAAGUUCGGCAUGUUGACGGUUCUUGCGUUCGCCCGAUCAUCAACAGGAGGAUAUUUGUGUACGCUGCUCCUCCAGCACAGAGGAUCGAGACUUUGGCCCCGAAAUCCUUGCCCCAGCCUAAGGUUGAUUACAACUUUGUUUUCGUCAGAACCCAGCAACAGGUCCAAGGCGCUCAGCCCGUUGUACUGCCACCGCCCCAGCAGAAGACUUUAGUGUACGUGCUCAAUGAAAAAUCUGGGGCUCUGGAACAAGAGGUCAUCGAACUUCCUGCCAAUCCUACCCAGCCAGAAGUUUAUUUUGUAAAUUACGACCAAGGAGACAAUCCGAAAUUGCCAGGAGGAAUCGAUCUGCGUGAGGCACUUGCUCAGUCUGCUCAGCAGGGUGAAGUUAUCGACGGUGCUUCUAACCAGGAGCUGAACCCAGGAAACCUUGGCGAUGGCCACGGUUCUGGGGAUGGCCAACUUCAGAUCAGCGGCGGAUUCGAUGGAACUGUCGCAGGCACAGGAGAUGGAUUCGGUGGAGCCGUCGGAGGCGCAGAAGGUGGAUUCGUUGAAGCUGUCGGAGGCGUAGGUGGUGUAUUCGGUGGAGCUGUCGAAGGCGCAGGUGGUGGAUUCGGUGGUGCUGUUGGAGGCGCAGGAGGUGGAUUUGGUGGAGUUGUGGGAGGCGCAGGUGGUGAAUUCGGUGGAGUUGUGGGAGGUGCUGGAGGUAGAGUUGGCGGAGCUGUCGGUGGUGAAUUUGGUGGAGCUGCUGGUGGUGGAUUUGGAGGAGCUAUUCGUAACGAUUAUUCUGCACCCUUGCAUCGCCAGUCACAACCUCUGCCUCCUUCCACAGCCUACUCUCGUCCAUAGACGCCAGGGCUUUUGAAAGUCAAUGCUUUUUCCCCUCAAAAUAAUAUUUGUGCAACACUUUUGAAUGCUCUUGUGCAAAACACAUCGUGCCAACCGUUCAAAGCUUAAUAAGUAUUAAAAUUUUAUUUAUUUUGUAAUAAUUAAAAUGAUACGCGCAG